AUGCAAAAUCUACCUUUUCCCAUGAUGCUUAACUCUGAAGACAAAAAAUAUCCAGUUUUAAAAUGUGCUUUACAGUUUUUCACAUUAUUUCUCUUGUUCAUCAUCUUUGAUUCCCUCCCUCCUUGCGAUUUUUCUUUCUACCAUUUUUUUUUUAUUCUCAUAUUCUUUGACUUCUUUUGCCUGUCACUCUUCUUGCUGUUCCUUUCUCUAUUCAGUUUUAACAUUUCCUCUUCAUUUUCUCUCUUCCUAUCUCUGCUAGUUAUUUUUUCUUCUUUCUGGCUUCUUUUUCAUUUCCUUUUCCUUUUCUUAAUCUUUCUGAGUAACAAAAAGUCAGGCUGUGAAACAAAGACAAUGUUUCCUGUUAUGAAUGGUUAUAAGUUGAUCUAUCUAUCUAUCUAUCUAUCUAUCUAUCUAUCUAUCUAUCUAUCUAUCUAUCUAUCCCAGCCUGUUCUUAUCAGUAUAUAUAUCUAUGUCAGCCUGUUCAUAUCUAUCUAUCUAUCUUUUAUAUUUCCUGUCAUAUAA